CUAUCGUGUCUUUAGCACUGUUGGGUGGCUAUGGCGUCCGGUAUGAAACCCUAGCGCGGGGCGACGGCAAGGCGAGGGCGUGUUGUAGCGCCAUUGUGCUGCGUCUCGUUUCUUUCUCUGGGGAUUUGAUCUGGGAGAAAUUUUGGAGCAGAUCUGGUCCCUUUUUCUUGUUUUCUUGAGAAAUAGAUAGGAUUUCCCAGUGUAGCAGCAGGCAAUUCCUUUGCGAAUCGAGCGUCUCGUCUAGUUCUUUAGCCUCGAUUUUGUGAAUGGCGGCCACGACUUCGUUGCCCCCGGGAUUUGGGGGCCUGGCGAUGAUGCGGCCACACGAAAAUCCCCCGACUAGGCUCCGGCGUUCGAGGGGAAAGAGGGUUUCAUGGGCACCGGCGGAUCAUCUUUGUCAGGUGCGCAUGUUUCUCGCGGAAGACGCUCCCUUUCGUGCCGGAAUUCCGCAAGACCAAGACGAGCUCCAAGGGAAAACGUCGACCUUUAUGCAAAGAACCGAUGACCUUCCUCCGGGAUUUGGCGGCGGCGUGGUUUCGUGCUUGAAGACCGAUGCCGAGCUUGUUGCUGCCUCUGUAGCUGCCGCUAUCCCCUGGAAGUCCCCCCAAAAGAUCGAACUAGAUCCCUCGUGGCACGUAGAAGCUGGCGAAGGGAGCAGCGAGGUAGAAAUCCAGCGACAACGGGAGUCCAAAACUCUAGAAGCAGUGUAUCCACGCUCGACCGCGAUCCCCAGCAGUCCUUCGGAAGCUCCAAAUGAGAUCCAGCCCCCUCUGGACGACAGGCUAGUGUUGGUUAUCCCCGUGUCAGCUCCGGACGAAGACUCGGACGGGGACGAGGCCCCCUCCUCGUCCUCCACAUCGGGGCAAGGUAAAACUGGGUGUGAUAAGCCAUACAACAGCUACGGGUUUAACCACACGGCAGUUUCUAACGAGGCCGCCAUCGCCGCCGCCGCCGCGAGAGGCUACUGCGGUGGUGCUGGUAUCGCAGCGGCCGCGGCGGCGGCGGCGGCUGUGAGCAGCGCCAUAGACCCAAGCCUGCUUUUACAAUUGCUAGCAAACCCGUCGCUCGUUGAGACCCUUUCGGGUGUACGAAACAAUUCAUUGGUAAAUACAUCAAAUGGAAAUGGUUCAGUGCCUCCGAAUCAAUUGGUGGCAGGAGUCAAGAACUUAACCAGUAACUCCACCACUGUUAGCACCAUCACCCAAAAUGUUUCGUCCAUGGGUUUUUCAGAGGCGGCGGCUGCUGUUUCUUCAUACCCCCCGCCACCACCGCCGCCGCAUCCUUCUCUCGGAUCAUCCCCGCCGGCUGCUUCUAGCUCUGGUUCUGCUCCAGCUCCGGCUCCUCCAGGGACAGCUUCGGUUUCUUCGUCGUCAGCUCCGGCAUGGGUCAGUCCCUUUCAAGCUCAGCAGGCUUCGGUGUCGACGAGCGAUGAGAUCUUCGGGGGGUUUUCAGCCAUGAACAAGAGUCCGAUGAUGGUUCAACCGCAGCAGCAGCAGCAACAGUUUAUGUAUCCCACCUCGCAGCCGCAGCAACAUCAGCAGCAACAGAACUUGACGAGGCAAAGCGAGCUCUACUUCCGGGAUCUUGUCAUGCAACACGGUGCUAAUGGUGGUGGUGGUGGUGGUGGUGGUGGCGGUGGUGGCGGUGGUGGCGGUGGUCUCGCAGGAAACCAGAAUGGUUACUAUGGCAAUGGGUUGGUUCCGGGGAUGGAGACAGGGAACAAGGGGAUGAGCAGGGCACGCAACAGCAGGACGUGUGCGUAUUUCAACACGCCAAAGGGGUGCAGGAACGGGCUCAAGUGUCCGUUUGUACACGACGGCAAGAGAGCUGCAUCGGAGUUGACCCUUCAUCAGCACCAACAACAAGCCAAACGGAUGAGAGGCUGAGAUUGACGAAGCUUCCACUCCACUCUCCACUCUCCAAAGAAAUAGAAAACCAAUGUUUGUUGAAUACAAAAUGACGACAAAGGGUCUUUACUUGCA